AUGACGGCAGACCACAGCACCAAACAACUGGGCCCCUCUGCUGGGAACAUGCGACAUGGGAUGGACCUCUUCGCACCUCCCGCGCUUUCAAUAGUGUACAUAGAGCUGCUCUUCAUGCCUCUUCCAUUAGUGGCUCGACGCCUCACCGAGGUGGGAGGCCCGAGCUCCUCUGACAGUGACAGGUCGUUCACCGAGGCCACCGAUGCCGAGGCUUGA